UAUACAUAAUCAAAAAUAAAUAAUGUUUAAACGUGUACGUAAGGAACUGGAAAAGCAGCAGAUUCAAGACACAGAGAUCGCCGCCGAUGACAAUGAGGAAAGAUUAGCUGGUGUCUUUUCCGAUUCGGGAUCAGACAGUGAUACCGAUAAUUCGGACGAUGAACAAACAAAGCGAUACAAGAAGAAGGCACGUAAAGCCUUGAUCAAGACUGUCAACCAAUUAGCCAAAUUACAGGGCUCCGGUGAUGAGGAUGAGGAGUCCGAUGAAGAAGAAGCCGAGUCUGAAGACGAGGAGGCAGAACCCAUGGAAGAAGAGUUGAAUUCAGAGGAUGAACUCGAGGAUACUUUCGUAUGUGACGUUUGCCCCGAAAAGAAGCUCAAGCACGUUGAGCACGUUAAUAUUCAUUUGAAGAGUAAGGAUCAUAUUAAGAGAGUGAGAUUUUUGAAAAAGACCGGUGGUCUUCCCCAACCUGUCCAAGAAGAAGAGUUAUCGGAAGAAGUUCAGGCUAAGAUUGCUGCAAAGAAGGCAAAGGCUGAAGCCGAAAAGAGUGCUAGAGAACAAGCUUUGAAGGAUAAAAAACAAUCAAAGGCCUUGAGUGCCAAGGAAAAGGCAAAGGCUCAUCGUAAGCUGGUCAAGCAAAAGAAGUGGGAACGUGAACAGGAAAAAGCCAAGGCAGCCGCCGCUGAUGCUGCUGCUGCUGUUGUUGUUGAAGAAGAAGCCAAGGAGACACCUGUCGUUGCUAAGACUGCUGCCAAAAAGACCGCUGCCAAAAAGGCUGGUACUAAGAAGACAGCUACUAAGAAAAGUGCAGCCAAGAAAUAAAUAGAAACUUUGUAAUAUAAUAGAAAUUUCACACACACAUUAUACAUAAUAUAAUUCAUACCA